GUGCAGUUGAUCCUGGUAACUCGGCUUGUCGACCCACAACUUUCGACCAACGGGGGAAGAAUUUUUUUUUCUACAUGUACUGUUUACCGUAACUAAGACAACACUAGGAAAUCAACAGAUAGAUGGAUAUACACGCAUAUUCCAUAGAUUAAUUAUUUUUUUGUUUUUAGAGAAGAUUUGAAAAAAAAAAAAAACGUCGGAUAUUUCGGAAAGAAAAAAAAUAAAAGCUUUUUGGAAUUCAGGAAUAUCUUCUUAGUGUUUUCCACCCGUUGUUUUCCCAGUCUCAUGUCAUUGUCGAGGUCUAAAUCGAAACUGUAACAAAGUCAACCAAUCAAAGUAGACAAAAAGUAUCUGAAGAAAGCCACACUUGCUGAAACUUCACGGACCGGGUUACGAACCCAGCUGGGAACAAGAUGCAGUGUCUUGUGGGUGAGGCUGCGCUAAGGAUGGGUUGCCACUUUCAGUAGGACAAUCUUAGCGCCCCCAGUAGAUGGACCACAGCUCCGAGUGGUCAAGCCAGCAAACCGUGCGUGGAGUUGAAGCCAAGUGUCAGCUUGAUCCAAGUGUGAGGCCUGUCACCCUGCAGCACAAGUGGAUCACUAUGCUCGAACCUUCUCGAACCACGGACCACGAUACCACCACCAGCACCUCGACCACCGCAUUGACCUCGACGCCAGCACCAUCCACUGCGGCAGCACCACCACCACCACCGACCGCCGCCGCAGCGCCAUCCUCCGCAGAAGGACCAUCAACUGCAGCAACGCUACCAUCCGUUGCAGCCGAAGCAUAUUUUGUGGGUAGAAAGCGCGCGCUGGGUGAGGAGGGGCCAAUCAUCAUCCUGACCCAGCACGAGGAGGAUGAAGGUGAAGGACAGUCGGAGCAGCCCGACUUUGAAGCAAGAUCAACCAGCAAACUCAAGAAACAAGAGCCAACCCUAAUUCUUGCACCACAACCAGAUGAAGCAAGAAGCCAACUUUCGACAGGAUCAACACCCAGCGAUAGGGGCAGGGAGCCGGAACGCCGGGCAGGCCGGGCCGGAUACCCCCCAUCCGACGUCUCGCCCAAACGUGACGUCAGCCAUGUCAUGCAGUUCUUCCAGGAACAGGAGGAGAGCCUGCAGGCCAGUUUCCUCUCCCUGCCCAAACGAAGCCAGAAAAAACAGCGUUCGCCCAGCCCACACCACAUGGCCGGUCUAGAGCACCUGGACCACCUGAUCCGCCUGAUGGAACAGCUGACCUCCUUGAAGGACGAGAACCUUCGGCUGCGCAAACGCUGCGAGUACCUCGAGAGCACGAAAGUACUACUUCAAGCAAAGCGAGAUCUUUCCUUCGAGAGUAGCAGUUCGUCUUCGGGUUUGAUAACCGCACAAACAAAGCACAAACACAAGCACUCACACCGGCACGAACAAACAACACACACGGGUCAACUCGACGCCGCCCAGCUGAUGGGAGUCUCGCAGCUUCUGGAAGCUGGGGGCAGGACAAACCGGCCGAGACUCGCCAGCGCUGAGGAGCUGGAGUAUCUGGAACUGAUAGACACGACGUCGGACCACCGACCGAAGCACAGGUCCAGCCUGCACAAGCGUAGCUUCUCCACGGGGUCCCUGCAUGUCGAGUCGGACCACCUGACUCAAGUCUCCUCCAGCGACUCAAGAAAACGUCUCAAAUCGAAAACGGCGAGAAGCAUCUUCAGCAAAACUUCCGCGUCGAAACAAAAAUCCAAAAGUUCCAAAUGGGCUCGUGUCAAGAAGGUGCUGACGGGUCAGAAAUUGUACGAGGACCUGGGCACGACCAUCAAGUCCAUCCGGGAGAUGGGCCGCCCCUCCCACGGGCGCUACUCCACCACCGACGUGCCCACCAGUCCCCGUGACACGAGCCCCAGAAUAACCAACGGGGACCGUCGGCACAGUGGCGCUUCCUUCGCCAGAGGUACCCGCGGGGCCAGGGCACCCCCCGCUCAGGCCCCGCCCAGUGAGGUUAGCCGAUGUUCAGACUUGGAAGAGGCGGACCUGACCUCUGACCUGACCUCUGACAUAUGGAUGGGACCGCCCGACUGGUGGGAGGAGUACGAGGCCCGCAAAGAGAGCGGCACCUCCACGGCCAGCGAGGUCAGCUCCGUCAUCGAAGUGACCACCAUGUACCUCGGCAGCAAGAAGGAGGCCGUGACCACCACCCUCAUACCCGCCAGCACGGCACCGCCGGCAUCACCAUCGGCCACCGGCGACCACUACCUGACUGUGGACAAGUCGCUGCCCCGUCGCCAGUCCAGCCCGAGCCUCAGCACGAAGGAGGGGGCCGAGGAGGAGGGCGACGUGGUCGACGAGUUGGCCAGGACCACGGAGGUCAGGGUCACCUUGCAUAAAUCGUCCAGCUGUAAAAGUGCCGAUCUGGAAUUCUCUAGACUGUCCGAUUUUUCGCCGAGCGAGGGGAGGCAAUCUAAGAAACUUCACAAAACGGCUUGGGGCCGGGUUAAGGAUAUCAUACACACACGUAAGGACAGCAUCAGGAAGAGGCCGAAAAGGUCUGGCAUCGAGAGCGAGGAGCCCAGCGAGUUCGACCUGGAGGCGCUGAUGGAGGAGCGCUGGCACUCGCAGGCGUUUGGUGAAGGGCUGGUGGGGCGCUCCACCCCCAAGACCUCGCCCAUCGUCGCCAGGCAGCAGAGCACGAAAUGUGACUCGCCCCCCGGGGCCGUUCCCAAGACGAGUUUUUCCCGGGGGCGUCAGGCAAGCACGGGGCACGGGGCUGUAGAUGUGGCCGCAUUGUUAGCCGGGAGCGUUAGCGAAGAAUUUAGCAAGAAAAUGCAGCAAUGGGAGACAAUGCGAAGUCAAAAAUCACCGUUUAGAGCAUCCAUGGAUGAGAGCGACAUUGGCAGCAUGGAAGUGUCCGGGACGUCGCAGGAUUUUAACAUCAGGACCGUCAACCUGGGGGAUCUGAAAGGGAAAAUCCCAGACUCGGAGGGUCCUACCCCAGAAGAAUCCAACACGUCGAUGGAAGUUCUCGGGGCCCACAGCAUCCACAUGGAGGACAUUCAACGAGGGAUGACGGACAGCUUCUCGAGAAAGAUGGAGGAGUGGGAGCGACUUAAAUACAAAAGUAUAAGCGGAGCCCGGGAUGUGAGCCCUGAGAUAGAGAGAAAGAUGAGCAAGAGCCGGAAAGAGGAGAGACAGAAAAGUAAACGGUCCAGGGAGGAGAAAGAGAGGGAGAAAUGGGAACGGCAACGAGAAAGGGACAUGCAGAAAGUGGAGAGAGAGCAGAUGAAGCUGGAGAAAGAGAAGCUCCGUCUUGAGAAGGAGAGGCUGAGGGCGCUGGAGAGGGAGGCCAAGCUGGAGAAGCUCAAGGGGAGACUCAGCCAGUCGGAGGGAGACUCCAGCUUCAAGAACCCGGUGCUGAGUCCUCUAGCAGAAUACAAAGUGACGGCCGACUUUGCCCGUAAGCUCCACGAGUGGGAGCUAAAGAAAGGGCUGUGCCACGACGUCUCAAACUCUAUCUACCUGGAGGCCCAGAAGCUGAGCUCCCGUCUGCGGACAGAAGAUGCAGCGAGUCAGAGCGAGGUCAGGCCGGCGGGGGGCAGGAAAGCUCCCCCACCCCUGACGCUCCAGCCCUACUGGGACUCCCCCGAGGAGAGCUCCCCCAUCGAGAAAUAUUCCGAGGCCAGCGUCGGGGACGGGGAUGACGAGACCAGCACAAGCGUCACCGAGGAGGGUUUUACGAGGUCCAAUAUUGCCACACUGGAGCGAGCCAAUGCCCAGCUGCUGGAGACCCUACACAGGAAAGAACUCGAGUACGCCUCGGUGCAGGAGGAGGUGCAGAAGGUCAACGAGAAGCUGGCCAAAGCCAAGGAGGAGCACGCGGCCGAGAUGG